UGGUCAAGCUUUGCGGAAUUCAACAUUCAAUGUCAUACAUUUUCCUCGGUUUCACCAGGCAUGAACCAAAUAAAUGCUACGUCAAAAUAAUGCCAUCCAUAUCGCUAAUACUAACGAUCUCCUCUUGUCAGGCUGGUUUGCGUCGACAAGCAUGAACCUAGGCAAUUGUUGUGCCCGAUUGCCUUGCAUCUGUCUAUCACUUCUGGGUGCAGCAGGGAUCAACCCACACACAGUUCGGGUUCUUUUUGCACUUGUCUUCCGCUUUGUCACAACGGUCGCCGCCAUUGCCAGGUCCAACAUCCUUACAAUAUCCCAGAUUCCAUUUACAUGGGUUCUUCACACAAACACUUUGGUCGGAGCAACUGGAGCAGCUACUAUGGUCCGGGCAACUGCUGCAUUCGACGACUCCUCGAGCUAUUGAUGUUAGCUGGUUAGAAAUAUGCUGAGGUAGUAAACAGACCGCGCAGGUUCCCUGGUUCAGCACGGGGCUGAGGUGAUGCAACGGCCAAACCGAGAAGAAGGCCGCCAACAACUCCCAAACUGAGCUUCAUGAUGUCUGGGGUGGCUUUAGGUUAGGGUGGAUAGUCUGUGGACUGAAUGUUUUAGCUGGAAGUUGUACGAACUCGCGAUGGAGGAGAAUACAAGGAACGAUGGUGGUGCUAAAUGAUCACGGUUGUGAAAGGACUGCUCUUAUAUACACACGAGACACCUCCGGCUCGUCAU